AAAGGGGGGGGAAGGGAGAGACAGAGGGUGAGCUGGCACCGAGGAGGCAGCGGAGGUGGCGUCGUCGUUUAAGCCCCGCUCGUUACGGGAAAGGAAAAAGGAUGAGCUUGGACAAAGCUGAGCUCUGCGACAGCCUCUUACUAUGGCUCCAGACAUUUCACGUGCCAUCACCCUGCACUACUAAAGAGCAGCUGACCAGCGGAGUUGCAAUUGCUCAAGUCCUUAAUCAUAUUGAUCCUUCCUGGUUUAAUGAGACCUGGUUAGGGCGUAUAAAGGAAGAUAUCAGUGACUGGCGGCUGAAGGUUGCAACACAGUGCCUACAGCUUCGGGAAGAAAUGUUGCACUUGUCAAAUGGUUGCCAUAAAUCACUGAGUUCAGAUACAGCCCUUGAUCAAGAUCUGUCAGUAGGGAACCUUGCAGCUGAGAUGGUGCCUGCAGAGCUCCAGGAAAAGAUCAUACAGCUGCAAAGUGAGAAUAAGCUGCUACGUGUACAACAAGAGGAGACGUACAACAACCGGUUAACAGAGUUCCAGAGUAUGCUAGAUGAUGCCAACAGGAGCAAACACAAGCUGGAGAAUGAAAACCGGUUGAAUCAACAACAGAUCACUGAGUUACGGUCACAAGUGGAACAACUCCAAAGGGCUUUACAGGAGCAGGGAAGCAAGGCUGAAGAUGCCAUUUCUAAUCUUCUGAAACGGAAGCUGGAUGAACACUUAGAGAAGCUUCAUGAAGCCCACACAGAGCUACAGAAAAAGAGAGAGUACAUUGAUGAUCUGGAGCCAACUGUUGAUAGCCACACCGCCCGAAAGAUUGACGAACUUCAAGAAGUUUUGAAGAAAAAAGAUGAAGACAUGAAGGCCAUGGAAGAAAGAUACAAGAGGUAUCUGGAGAAGGCAAGAACGGUAAUUCAGACCCUCGACCCGAAACAAACUCCAACAACUGCUCCUGAGGUUCAAGCCCUGAAAAACCAGCUGCAUGAGAAAGAAACUAAGAUUCAGCUGUUAGAGAAUGACUUUGAAAAAAACAAGUCCCAGAGAGAGCAAGAAGAGAAAUUGAUCAUCAGUGCCUGGUACAACAUGGGCAUGGCUCUUCACCAGAAGGUAACAGAGGAAAGGUCUCGGGGCCACGGUCAAGCCCAGUCAUUCCUGGCCCAGCAGAGACAGGCAACUAACGCACGUCGGGUACAUCCAAAUCGGCUGCACCAAUCUGUGACGAGAUAACCUACCAACCCUGCCCUGCAAGCUUCAAGAGCAAUUACAGUACCUCAACACAAUUACAGCCCAAAAAAAAACAAGCAACAUCUGUCCUUUCCAAAUGGUUAUCUCGCAUUUAUUUUCUCGCUUGAGGUUUUUAAGUUACCUGGUAGAAUUUUUUUAAAUAUGUCAGUGUCUUCUCAUCCUGACCAUUUUAAAAAGUAGUUGCAAGGUUUUGGUUUGGCAUUAGGACCUGUUCAUAAAACCAUCCCAAAUGUCGAUAAUCUAUGUGGGGAGAACUACAAAAGGGAUAUGAGGCUGACCAUGCAAGGGAAUCUGAAAGCGUGCAGGGCCAUCCAUUACCCGGGAUCUGGGGAAUGAUUUGCUCUCUCCGCUGAGUUCUCACUCACUUCUUCUGGCUGAGUGAUUUUUCUCCCUUUUUUGUUUUAUCACCCACCUCCCCCUUUAUCCCUGCUCCCGUCAGCUCUCCCUGCUCAAACAGGUUGUUUCAGUCUUAAAUCCAGGCAUAUCAAAGUUGGCGAGAAGCUAUGGAGGUACUGUCUGCAAAUAGAGGUUAUGAUCUUCCCUCUGCAAUAAUUUCUUACGUUAGGUUUAUUUUUUUAAGAGCUGUCCUUCAAAUUGGGGUGUCCUUUGGGACAAGUGUCCUGAAUCCUAUUUAGUUACGAUACAGAGGUAGUUGUAGAUCUGACUGACAAUACUAGGCUGCUGCAUUUUGGAACCUUACUGGCACGAUUUAUACCCAAGGUACUUGCACUUUAGCUAAUUGAUUCUGAUUAAUUUGAGUGGUGGCAUGCAAGCUCAAGCUUGUGUUGAAAUGGAACAGUUUGUUUUGUCCAUCUCAAUGAAGGUAGUGGGACAUGGAUCCCCCACGAUUGAUACAGUAUUCUCUGUCUCCUGUUGCUGGAAAAACUCGAUGCAGAUUUAGGUUUUGUUCUCUCUGUUUCUGGAUAAUUUAGGACAGCUGAAUUUUACUCAGUUUAUGGCUAAUUAAAUUUUAUGAUUUUCUUGCUGAUCUUCAGCGCUUUGGGAGUAGUCCUGUGAAAGUGAUCAGAAAUCAUUAGAUAAACUGAAUUCUUCUUUAAGAAAAUACUUUAGUGUAUAUUUAAAUUGAAUGGAAUGUGUCGCUGUACUUAACACAGCACGUAGAAAGGUAUUAUGGAGUCUAGAUUCUAUAAUUUUGUCCUACAUUUUGUUAAUUUAAAUAAAGUUUGUGUCCUUUA